UGCAGCAGGAGGAGUACCAGCAGCAGCAACAACAACAACAGCAGCAGCCUCCACCCGAGGCCCCUCCGCAGUCUCCCCAGCAGCUCAACACAGACUGGCGGAGAUGCCUCCAGUAUCCCCUCAUAACUUCUCUUGGGUGGAGCCAGGGCUUCUAGCUGGCAUGGCCAUGCCGCGUCUACCUGCCCACUAUGAAUACCUGUAUGAGAACGGCAUCCGCCACCUGGUGACCCUGACCGAACACAAGCCGCCUUACCACGACACCUGCCCUGGCAUCACCCUUCACCGUAUACGAAUCGUGGACUUCUGCCCGCCCAGUCUGGAGCAGAUUAAAAGCUUCCUCAAGAUUGUGGAGGAUGCAAAUGGCAGGAGAGAGGGGGUGGCAGUGCACUGCAUGCACGGGCACGGACGCACGGGCACCAUGUUAGCCUGCUACCUGGUAAAGUCGAAGAAGAUCACCGGGGUGGAGGCCAUCAACGAGAUUCGACAGCUCCGGCGCGGAUCCAUAGAGACGACGGAGCAAGAGAAGUCCAUUAUACAGUUUCAUCACCACAUCAAGUGACUUGGCAUUUGGGGUGACGGGGAUCGGGGAUCCCCAAUAUGUCACAGCGCCGAGACCAGUUCUGAGGGCACGUUUAUCCUGAAGGCACAGCGGCUGCUGAUGUCCGUGGCACUGAAUGGGUUGCAGCGUUGUGUGCUGACGAAGUGUAUUUGUGUAAGAGGAAAGCCUCUUGUAUUCUCCUGUACAAAGCCAGGGGGAUUCUCUUCUCCGGAUCUGAGCCCGCGAAGGGGGGAAGAAGUUAUGUCUCUCUACUGGGAAUUCAUAAUCCAGCUUGUGAAGUGGGUAUAGAGCAUUAAGCACCACAUGACUGGCCGUCGGCUGUGUCGUCAGGAAUCUACCUGGAUUAUAGUGUAUUAGUUGGGGCCACGCCACUUGUCACUAUUUUUACCAUAUACCAUAAUAUGUGUACAUUGCAAUAAACGGCUAACAAAUGUCACCUCAUGAAA